UCUGUAAUGUGAGUUAAUUGGCCUAUGUAUCUGUUUAGUCUCAAUAGGGGAUUCACCGAAAUGCACUGUAUGAGUGGCCACUCCAAUUUUGUAUCUUGUGUGUGUGUCAUACCUUCAAAUGAGAACUAUCCUCGUGGGCUAAUUGCCACAGGUGGUAAUGACCAUAAUAUUUGUAUCUUCACACUGGACAACACAACUCCACUCUAUGUCCUUAAAGGUCACAAAAACACUGUUUGCAGCCUUUCAUCUGGGAAAUUUGGCACGUUGCUUAGUGGCUCAUGGGACACUACAGCUAAAGUCUGGUUGAAUGACAAAUGCAUGAUGACAUUACAGGGUCACACAGCCGCAGUAUGGGCAGUAAAAAUAUUGCCUGAACAGGGAUUAAUGUUGACUGGUUCAGCUGACAAAACUAUUAAACUAUGGAAAGCAGGAAGAUGCGAGAGAACGUUCACUGGACACGAAGAUUGUGUGAGAGGUUUAGCGAUUUUAAGUGACUCAGAAUUUCUUUCCUGUGCUAAUGAUGCCAGUAUUCGAAGGUGGCAGAUCUUGGGCGAGUGUCUUCAGAUUUAUUAUGGACAUACAAAUUAUAUAUACAGCAUAUCUGUUUUCCCUCAUGAUAAAGAUUUUGUUACCACUGGAGAAGACAGAACACUUAGGAUCUGGAAACAAGGGGAAUGUGCUCAGAUAAUCAGACUUCCAGCUCAGUCGGUUUGGAGUUGCUGUGUGUUAAACAAUGGUGAUAUCGUGGUUGGUGCAAGUGAUGGGAUUAUCAGAGUAUUUACAGAAUCUUUGGAACGCACAGCAAGUGCAGAGGAAAUUCAAGCUUUUGAAAAUGAACUUUCCCAAGCAACUAUUGACCCAAAAACUAGUGAUUUGGGAGACAUUAAUGUUGAUGAUCUUCCUGGAAGAGAACAUCUGAAAGAACCUGGAACAAGAGAGGGACAGACACGACUAAUUAAAGAUGACAGGAAUGUUGAAGCCUAUCAGUGGAGUGUUAGUGAAGAGAGAUGGAUCAAGAUUGGUGAAGUGGUUGGCUCAUCUGGAGCUACACAGCAAACAUCUGGAAGGGUUUUAUAUGAAGGAAAGGAAUAUGAUUAUGUUUUCACUAUUGAUGUGAAUGAAAAUGGGCCUUCCUACAAAUUGCCAUAUAACAUCAAUGAUGAUCCAUGGCUGACUGCAUACAAUUUCCUGCAGAAGAAUGAUCUAAAUCCCAUGUUUCUGGAUCAGGUGGCCAAGUUUAUUAUAGACAACACCAAAGGACAAAUGCUAGGGAAUACAGGCACUGAAUUGUCAGAUCCCUUUACAGGCAGUGGUCGUUACGUUCCUGGCUCUUCAUCUGAGUCUAAUGCUGUACUUGCACCAGAUCCAUUUACAGGCGCUGGUCGCUAUGUCCCUGGUUCUGCAUCAAAUGUGGUAGCUCCUUUAAGUGGAAUUGAUCCAUUUACUGGAAGAAGUGCUUAUCAAUCAAACAAUGCUAAAGCUGAAAAUAUUUAUUUUCCAAAGAAGGAAGCUGUCACUUUUGACCAGGCUAACCCCUCGCAAAUAUUGGGUAAACUAAAGGAACUUAAUGGAGAUGCACCUGAAGAGCAAAAGCUAACUGAGGAUGAUUUUAUAAUCCUAGAGAAGAUACUCUUCAUAACCUGUAAUACCACUGUAGAAACACCUACAGCACAACAACUUCUAACUUUGUGGAAAGCAAUUAACUGGCCAGAAGAUAUUGUCUUUCCAGCAUUAGACAUUCUUCGAUUGUGUAUCAAGCAUCCCAGCGUGAAUGAAAAUUUCUGCAGUGAAAAGGAUAGCAUACAAUUCAGCGGUCAUCUCUUAAAAUUUCUGAGCCCUAAUGGAAAGCAAGCAAACCAAUUACUGGCACUUAGAACUCUUUGCAAUUGUUUUGUCAGCCAGGCAGGCCAGAGGCUCAUGAUGGAACAGAGGGACACAUUAAUGUCACAUGCAAUAGAAGUGAAAUUGUGUGGCAAUAAGAACAUUCACAUCGCAUUGGCCACAUUGACAUUGAACUAUGCUGUUUGUUUACAUAAAGUUAAUAAUAUUGAGGGCAAAGCUCAAUGUUUGUCUGUAAUCAGCACAGUCAUGGAAGUUGUUCAAGACCUUGAAGCCAUUUUUAGAUUACUUGUGGCUCUUGGGACACUAAUCAGUGAUGAUACAAAUGCUGUGCAAUUAGCCAAGUCUCUGGGAGUUGAUUCUCAAAUUAAAAAAUAUGCCUCUGUAUCAGAACCAGCUAAAGUAAGUGAAUGCUGUAGGUUUGUCCUUAAUCUUCUGUAACUUUUUUAGCAUUUGAACACCUAGGAUGACAUAGAGAAAUAAUGCUUUCCCUCUCUCCCCCAUAUUUUACAUGAUUGAAUAUAAGUGAAAAUAUGCUGUGGGUGAAUUGCAAACUUGAUGAAGAUCUAAUCUGUCAUGAGUGGAACAACCCAAUAAACUUUUGCACUGAUUGUAAAUUA